AUGCCCGGCCGUCGGGUCGGAGGACAUCCGAGAAGCUGCCCCUUCCCUCGGCCUCCCAGAAGCCCGCCCGAAGGCACCGAGACCGGCUCCUGCUGCUACCGUGACCGCGGGACCCCCAGCGGCACACACGCCCCGGGACCGAUGGCUCGGCAGUGCUUCGGCCAGCAGCCCCGCUUCUCUCGGGCCGGACCGUCGUCGCUGUGGGUCGGCGCCCCGGGAGCAAGCGUGAGGAAAGCACCGUGCUGCCUCCCCGUCCGGCGCAGAGCACAGGACGGCGACGCCCUCCUUGGGGCGUACAUCCCUGGAGGCGCCCUGAGCCUGGAGGCCUUCCCGACCCCGAACCCCGGUGGGGGCGGGGAGGGCAGCUGGGAGGGGAGGGAGCGCUGA